AUGUCUGAUCCAAGCUCCAUCAACGGUGGCUCCGCCGUCGCCAUGGUCGGCAAAGAGUGUAUAGCCAUUGCCUCCGACCUUAGACUUGGCAACCAGUCGUUAGGAUUAUCCAACAACUUCGAGAAAGUGUUCCAAUUCGGCGACAAAACGUUCUUGGGGCUCACUGGUCUUGCUACUGACGUGCUCACGUUGAAGGAGGACUUCAGGCUUAAAAACAACUUGUACAAAUUGAGAGAAGAAAGAGAGAUCGAGCCCAGAACAUUGGCCAACUUAGUGUCGUCGUCUCUAUACGAGAAGAGAUUUGGUCCAUACUUUGUUGGCCCAAUUGUUGCUGGCCUCGAACUGAAGACCAACAAGCCGUUCAUCUGCGGGUUCGACUUGAUUGGGUGCAUUGACGCUGCUAAGGACUUCAUUGUAUCCGGCACCGCCAGUGAGCAGCUCUACGGUAUGUGUGAAUCACUCUACGAGCCUGACUUGGAGCCUGAGGACUUGUUUGAGACAAUUUCUCAGGCUCUUUUGAAUGCUGUUGACAGAGACGCUUUGUCUGGUUGGGGUGCUGUGGUGUACGUUGUUACCAAGGAUAAAGUGAUUAAGCGUGUGCUCAAGACUCGCCAGGAUUAG